AUGUCAGACUAUGACUAUCGCCCCGGUGGCUCCCUCAAGCUAAAAGGAGGGGUCGCUGAGGGCGGCAUUGUGAAGAAGAAGAAGAAGUCGAAGGCGCAGUCUGAGUCCAAAGACCAUGAUCUUGAUAGCGUUAAAGACCUUGUCUCCAAAAACGACGAUAAGGACAACAUACCGUCUGGAAGUGGACGUAAUUCCCCUGCCUUAACGAGCAGCAGCAGCAGCGUGAGCCGCAAAACGGAGGCAGAGAAACGUUUCGAGGAGGUUCAGAAGCGUCGUCUGGCUCAACGCGUAGCGAAACUUGCUGGAAAAACUCACAAGGACCGCGUUAACGAGUUCAAUGCUCAUCUUGAGGCUCUGAGCGAGCAUCACGACAUUCCCAAGGUUGGACCUGGAUAA